AAAAAAAAAAAAAAAAAAAAAAAAAAAAAAAAAAGUGGACUGAGAUUUUGCAAUUUGUCGAACCAGGGGUAUCUAAAAGACAAGGGGCGCCAUAACCAUACCUUGCAACUUGGAGAGUCAAGACUGCAGUGUGUCUACACUGUUACACCUGGUGCAUCAUCGUCAAUAAUGUAUCAUCUGACUACCGAAUUAGGAAGCAGCUCCAGCACAUUAACAACGUGCCGAGUUGGCGGCGUGUGUUUGGUGUAUAAAACUGACACACAGCGGCGCUAAUACUUCCCCCGUUUUCUGAUUGCAGGACCCGCCAGCGCCGUGUUUGACGCUGCUAAUGGACCGCCCAGAGGACUGCGCGGGCCAGCGUAGCACAGAGACACGUUAGAGAGACAACUCACCGCGCAGGGCGUGAUGCAGCACGACACGGACCGCGACACGGACGGGUCGGCGUCGCCGUCGCUCUCGGCGUCGCCGCCCCCGCCGCCGCUGUCCAACGCGGCGACCGCGGCGCGCUGGGCGGCCCGGGGCGGCGCCGGCGCCCUGGGCCUCACGGCCGACGGCUUCCUGGCCAACGGGCCGCUGACGGCGGGCCACCCGAGCCCGUCCUCGUGGGGCCGCUGGCCUGGGGGCAGCGCGCCCGCCACGCGCGUCCCGGCCGCCUGCUGCCGCCGCCACAACUCCAUCCAGAGCGCCACCACCGUCAACAGCUUCUCCAGCUCGCUGUACAAAGGCUCCCGGCUCACGUCCAGCUCGCGGCAGUUCAUGGCGGCCGAGGACUCGGAGUCGGUGGCGGCCAUCUGCGAGCGCGACAUGCACUCGCUGCACCGCAACGUGCCCGCGCUGCGCCGCACCGACGUGGACACGUCCGCCAUCCGGCACCACUUCUACCCGGACGGCGGCUGGGGCUGGGCCGUCUGCGGCGCCGCCCUCACCGCCCACGGGCUCUCCUCGGGGCUGCUGCUCGCCUGGGGGGCCGCCGCGCCCCACGCCGUGCGCCACCUGCACGCCAGGACCAUGGACACCGUGUAG